ACAGAGAUUAUCCCUCAUUUGGCUUUUCGGGAAAUAGAAAUACAGCCCAGCCCCCAGCCUAAGGAAAGAAGGAGAAUCCAAAGCGCACUGUCCAAACGGGCAGUUGGGAAGGUGGAACCGGGCAGGUCACACAGCCGCUAGCCCGCUACUACUGCAGGCAAGACAAAUUCAAUUCAAUUCAAUUCAAUUCGUUUCAUCCGAAAAGGAAAUAAGCCAUCACCCAAUCCUCGCCUGCUCCCUCUCUCCUCUCCCGUAUUUCAAACCACCAGCUACGCUCUCUCUCUAGAAGUUAGGGUUGCUCUCCGAAUCCCUCGACUACCUCCUCGCUGAUUCAGUUCACAAGACUCCCUCUCCGAUUUCGUCCAAUGGCGGUUCCUGCCGGCUGUUAGACUCUCCGAUCUCCGGAAUUCCCCUGCUGGUUAUGAGCUUCGUUGACUCCGAAACUGUCGUUUGACUCCGAAUCGCGAAGGGGCGAGCUGAAACAGGAGCAUUUGCGUUGGUUUGCUACUCUCAGCUGGAGUAGAGAGAUCUGAGCCGCUGCAGCUGCAAAUGAGCGCUUCGAGGUUCAUCAAGUGCGUGACCGUCGGCGACGGCGCCGUCGGCAAGACCUGCUUGCUGAUUUCGUAUACCAGCAACACUUUCCCCACGGAUUAUGUGCCAACCGUAUUUGACAAUUUCAGUGCGAACGUUGUCGUGGAUGGAAGCACUGUCAACUUGGGGCUAUGGGAUACUGCUGGCCAGGAGGAUUACAAUAGACUGAGGCCAUUGAGUUACCGAGGAGCGGAUGUCUUUAUUCUUGCAUUUUCACUUAUUAGUGAGGCCAGCUAUGAAAACAUUGCCAAAAAGUGGAUUCCAGAACUGAGGCACUAUGCACCUGGGGUUCCUAUUAUCCUUGUCGGAACAAAACUAGAUCUUCGAGAGGAUAACCAAUUCUUUGCUGACCAUCCUGGUGCAGUGCCUAUUACUACUGCUCAGGGAGAGGAACUCAAGAAACUGAUUGGAGCUCCAGCCUACAUCGAAUGUAGCUCUAAAACACAGCAGAAUGUGAAAGCCGUGUUUGAUGCGGCCAUCAAGGUUGUUCUCCAGCCUCCCAAGCAAAAGAAGAAGAAGAGAAAGGGACAAAAGAAUUGUUCCAUAUUGUAAUUUGACUCUCUUAAAGCGGGAAGAAAGUCUCUCUUCCCAAGCUAUCCGUAGGUAACUUCUCAUUAUCGUCUUUUCUCUGACCUGGCGCUGAAAUUGGGAAGCUGAGAAAUCCUUUUAUUGUAUAGCAUUUGAAGGAUGUGUUCUUAGGAUGGAAAUUCCAGACUCUGUGUCUUGCUUUUUUUACAUAAUGUUGUCUUCUGUAUUUGAUUUUGAACUGCAUUCCCUUUCGAGCAUGCUUUCUUUGUGUGUGCCCCUUGUCUGAACAUCAGAACAUGUAUCAUUUGCAUCAAACCAUGUCACUCACGGGUUCAUAAAGAUGGUUAUUAUGUCCUUAAAACUUGUCCGACGGAAAAUGAUUAUAGGAAUGAAGGUCUAGGUCUAGAGUCUCGACUUCAGUGAGGUGUGAAACCUGUGCUAGCACUUCAAAAUGAUGUUGUAGGAUGAGGUAAAAGACAGCUAUUUCAUAAGGCUGGCGGUGGACAUUCGGGAAAGUCGGAGUCAAAUUUUGUGAUUCUGGUCUGCGUCAACUUGAAAGAUGAAAGACACUGUCCGAGGUUGAGGGACAACGUCUGUUUAGGUUCGUAGUUGAAGUAUUCUUGGUGUCCUUGCUGUUUGGAAACUGUCUUGUGAUAAUCUUACAAUGACUUGAUGAGUGGUUGAGUAAUGGUACUUAGAUAAACUUGGCAUGCUGUUGCUUGG